ACUCUCCAACCCUGUCCUCUUCAUCUCAACCUUUGAUCCAUAUUUCUUUCUCUCUUGGUUCGAGUUGCAAAGAGGAGAGAGAGAUCGAUCGCUCUCAUUUAUAUUUCCAAGCUUUGACGAUCCAGCGAGAGUAUUUCAGAUUCACACUCUAAUUUCUUCAAUCACGUUAGCAUAGUGGAUACUGUAAAUGGGUCUGUGGACACUACUUGAGGGCUUCUUGCUUCUUGCGAAUGCACUAGCGAUAUUGAAUGAGGACCGCUUCCUUGCUCCCAGAGGAUGGAGCUUCUCGGAGUUCUCGGUGGGAAAGACUAAGUCAUUCAAGGGACAGAUUGUAGGUCUUAUCUAUGCAACCCAGUAUUUGAGAUUUCCUCUGAUACUGCUCAACUCCUUGUGUGUUGUUAUAAAGUUGGUAUCCGGAUGAUGCUAAGUGAGGUGAGAUAUGGAUUUUUAUGUCUAAAUGAAACUGUAUUUGUCACUUUUCAGCUUCUAUUAGUGUCUCUAACUCAUGAGACUGGAAAAAAUUCCAUCACUGGCUAAUUUCUUUUUUAAACUGAGUACAAUGUUGUUUUUUGAUUGAAA